UUACAUUUUAUUUAUAAAAAUCUCCUAUUUCCCGUCUUGAGCAGCUUUAGGGUCUUCUUGUGCCAAAGGGAAAUGGCUGUUGUUAUUUUAAAAGGGGAUGUGAUGUGAAAAAAGAAAAGAAAAAGUGGCAUUUACUAACAAUAUGGUUGAAACAGGCAAAGUUGACCCUGGGAAGUUUUAGGUCAAAUGAAAAUAAAAUUAGAAAAAUGCAUUUCCCAUCAAAUGUGCCUGUGGCCUGAAAGUGCCGAGUCAUUGUUGAGCAUAAACUGUGGUAACACAGAAACUCUUAAAAGUACCCGUCAAACAAGAGUCCGGCUUCAACAAACUGUCCCAGAGGGUCAUGUGGUCAUGCUGUCGUUCCGCCUCUUUGACAUGGAGGCUGACGCCACCUGUCGCUACGACUACCUGGACGUCUACAGCGGUCACUCCCGCUUGGUGCAGAAGCUGGGUCGGUUCUGCGGGACGUUCCGGCCCGGCGCCCUCAUCUCUACCUCCAACAUGAUGAUGUUGGAGAUGGUGUCAGAUGAAGCCACCGGAGGAAGAGGCUUUCUGGCUUCCUUUAAUGCAGGGAAGCCACACAUGGAAGAGAACCAGUUCUGUGGAGGACGGCUGACCAAAUCUCAGGGUUCUGUCAAGACGCCCAACUGGCCCAACUCUAAUUACCCUGCAGGCAUCAGCUGCUCCUGGCACAUCUCCGUAGAACCAAGCAAUGUGAUCGAGGUGAAGUUCGUGAAGCUGGACUUGGAGCCUGACACGUACUGUCGUUACGACUAUGUGGCGUUGUUUAACGGGGGGGAGAGGGAUAACUCACGGCGGAUUGGGAGAUUCUGCGGAGACAAGGCACCAGGAAUUAUUGUGACAAAUGGGAACGAGCUCCUUGUUCAGUUUGUCUCAGACCUCAGUGUGACCUCAGAUGGCUUCAUGGCCCACUACAACAGUGUGCCCCGUGGGUCUCGGACACCCACUGCCGGUGGAGACUUCAUCUAUGGACCUCAGACCACCUCAGCACCACAAAAAGCAGUGGUGAAACCCACCAAACCAACCCCUAAACCUCGACCUGGUGUCAAGCCUAAACCCACCCCCAAACCAGCUAAAAAACCACUGGUGAAGAUACCGUUGAAACCUCCACCACGCAAGCCUAUCAAGCCUACAGUCAAACCAGCUAAAGCCAAACCAGCAAAGCCCACACCUAAAGCACCUGUGAAAAAGCCUAAACCUGGAGCUAAGCCUACACCCAAACCUAAGAUUAUUAAGCCAACGCUCAAACCAAGCAUCAAGGCUAAACCCACACGUAAGCCUCUGCUGAAGACCAAGCCCACCUUAAAACCUGGUGUCAAACCAGUGAAGCCAACCUCUAAGAGCGGAGUUAAACCAACAGCCAAACCAAAGAUUAAGCCUAAAGUGACACCCAAACCUGGAGUAAGCAAGACAGUGACAAAGAAACCUGUUGUGAGCAAGAAACCUUUACCACUGAACCCACUGUGUACACAAGCCUGUAAGAGGACAGGAACCCUUCAAUCCAGCUUCUGCCCGAAUGACUUCGUGAUUACGGGUAGGGUUACAUCUGUCACCGCUGGUACAAGGGGCUCAGCGACACUUGAGGUGUCUCUAAUCAAGGCCUAUAAGACAGGACGCCUCAACAUCACCAAAUCAGGACCCAUCAUGUCGGCCGUACUGACCUCCACCUGCAAGAGAUGCCCCGGGAUAACCAAAGGCCAGAACUACGUACUGAUGGGAAAAGUCGACGCACAGGGCAACGGCCUUCUCAGCCCAUCCAGCUUCACGCUCCUCUAUAAGCCAAUCCAUGCCAAAGCGCUGGCGAACCUCGCACGCAAACAGUGCUGACAUCACAGCUCAGCUCACCAAUCAGAUUGAGAGCCCUGACUAUCUCUCUGAAUACAUGUAACUUUACAUAAAGUGUUAAAAUAUUAUACUCCAAACAUCAUUUUUUUACGUAAUACAAUACCUUGAAAUAUAAUUUUAAAAG